AUGUACAAUGCGGCGAUCGAAACUUGCGGAGCAGUCUGGAUUGAAGCGGUGAGACUUUGCUCGGACAUGGAGCAGCGCGGCCUGCUGCCAGACAUUGUAAGCUUCAACACCUUGAGCAAGCAUCUGAGUCGGCAGGCGGCCUGGCAGGCGGCCCUGACGUCUUUGGGCAUCUUACAAUUUCGCACUCAUCGACCGGACGCGGUGAGCUACAGCAAUGCCAUGAGCAGCCUGAGCUCACAGGACUGGAAUCGUGCCGCAGACCUGUUCUCGACCAUGAGCUCCUCACUGCCUUCGCGCCCUGGCAGAAUGAGCCUGGGAAGUCUCUUUGGUGUUCUUCGCUCCAACACAGAAUGGGAGCGAGCACUGUCUUUUUCUGAGCUUUGCAUGUCGCCAGAUACAAGUAUGCUAAAUACCAUAGCCUCUAUGGCUAUCGCGGCUGUGGCAUCACAAGUGACUCAUGCCUGGCUUGCAUCCCUGCGCAUGCUCGUCGAGAUGCCCUGUCGGCAGCUGCAAGGGGACCUCCUUAGUCGAAGCCUCAUCGUGCAGCUCAGCCAGCUCAGCCAGCUCAGCCAGAGCGGACGCGGGUGGAGGCUCGCGCUGGCCCAAGUUUCUGCUCCCUUGCCCAUCAGAUCCAUCUCCAGAUCCCUCCCCUGGCCCCAUGCCUGGGCCUUACUCUCAAACCUCCAACAAGCCGUCGCGGAGCCGGAUGCUCUGGGCCCAAGCGGCUGCCCACCCAACGCCAAGUCAACGUCGGACUCUCUCGACUUCAGCUCCCUCUGGCAAAGCGCAGGCGCCAGUCUCCGGCUGAGGCAAAGCGCCUUCGACGAGCCCGAGAGCCCAGUGCCCGCAGCGCUCUCCUGGGAGCGUGCCCUGCAGAAGUUGACAGAGGCUCCGCCACGCACUCUUGCUGGGCGGGCCGCGGCCCUGACAGUGGCUCUGCGCGGCCUGGCGCGUCGGGCAAGGAGCCGAGCGUGCUUCGAGCUGCUGGAAGACUUCGUCGACGCGGUGGAUCCAUGCACGUACUUGUGGUGCCUAGCGACUCUGGCACGCCUGUCCCCAGCCUUUCGAGACCCAGAGGUUCUCCAAAGCGUGCAUCGUGAAGUGUGCCGUGCGAUCGCAAGGGAAGACUUGAGCUGCCACGAGCUGGUGGUCGUCGCCUGGUCGUUUUGUAUGCUCGGCCUUCGCAGCGAGAGCGGGACUGCAGGUCGUCGCCUUGUCAAAGCACCGGAGGCUUUCGAAGACCGCGACCUGAUGCUGCUGGCCUGGGUCCUGGGAGCCACGGCCUCAUCGGUGAAGGAACUGCAGGCCGCGCAGGAAGAAAUGUGCAGAAGGUUGGAGCUUCUGGAGCUGCACCCCUUGACCUUGCGCCGCAUGCCCAUAAAGACGCUGCGAGGGCUGUUGCGGGAUGCUUUGGGAGCACUUUGGUCUUUUUCACGAUGUUCCUUGAGCAGCAGCCGUUUCCGGGAGGUCUUGCAGAGGAAGCUGAGAGGCCUGGGAGGACUCUUGGAUGGCAGCCCCUCCGAACCUUCGUGCGUGACGCCGCCAAGUCCGCGAUCGAGGCACAAGGGAGCGGCUUUUGCAGGCCUUCAGCGAUUCGGCCCGGGCCGGGGCUGGUACCAGGAUGCCGGGGGGCCUCGGAUCAAAGCGGACCUUGCUGAGUGCUGGGUGGUCUUCAAGCCCUGCGGUUGGGAGGUCCACAACCGCAACGUGGAGAAGCAGGUCGCCUCGUGCUUGCAGAUCCACGGCAAAGCCGGGCCCAUCACUUUCGAUUCCUCGCACGACUUUGGCUUCUUGCACCGCCUGGAUGUUCCAAGCUCCGGGCUUCUACUUGCUGCAAAGUCAUAUGAAGCCUUCUACAACUUCAAGUUUCAGCUUGCAGCCGGGAUGAUAGGGCGUGAGUAUACUGCCUUGUGCCACGGGAUCGUGCCUCGAAGCAGAGAGAUCCGAGCCGGCAUUUUCUGGGACUCCUCAGGGCCCACUCGAUCGGGCGGUGCAGGCAAGCCUUCUUGCACCUUUCUGGCUGUGACGAAGCAUUUCUUGGAAGGCCCUGUGACCUUCAGCCUCCUUGUGCUCUCGAUUGAUUCGGGGCGCCGCCAUCAGAUCCGAAGCGAUGGCAAGUACGCGUCGGCGUGGACUUGCCGCGAGGAUGCCGGGCUCUGCUCCCGGCACUUCCUCCACCGCUCACAGCUGAGCUUCCGCCGGGCCGUGGAGACGAGCGCUCGAGCGGAGCCGCUGCCGCAGGAGCUCCGAGCGUGCCUCCGAGGCCUGGAAGAAUGGCGGAAGCGGCCGGAGAGCGGCGGAGAAAAAUCCGCGAUCCGCUUCCCUUUUAAGGCACCACAGGAUUUCUCCUCAGGGCCCUCUCCGAGAGGCCCUCUCUUGGCCCUUGGCCGUGAUGUUUCUGAUCUGAGUGCCGUGAGCCGGCUCAAGCGAGGCAUGGCAUGA